AUGCCUCGAGAAAUAAUAACAGUCCAAAUAGGCCAAUGUGGCAACCAAAUGGGGUCCGUGUUCUGGCAGCGUCUUUGUGCAGAACAUGGGAUCAGCAAGGACGGCACCUUAGAAGAGUGGGCAACCGAGGGCGGGGACAGGAAGGAUGUGUUCUUUUAUCAGGCAGAUGACGAGCACUAUAUUCCUCGAGCCAUUCUGAUGGAUUUGGAGCCCCGUGUUAUCAACAACAUCCUUACCGGGCCUUAUGCGAGCCUGUAUAAUCCAGAGAAUGUUUAUACGAGCAAAGACGGAGGUGGGGCCGGGAAUAACUGGGCUCAGGGACACCAGGCCGGGGAAAAGAUUUACGAGGACAUAUUCGAAAUGAUGGAUCGGGAAGCCGAGGGGAGUGAUUCACUCGAGGCAUUUAUGGUGAUGCACUCGAUUGCGGGUGGGACGGGGUCUGGAUUGGGCUCGUUCGUCCUCGAACGGCUGAAUGACAAGUACCCCAAAAAGCUCGUGCAGACUUACUCCGUCUUUCCGAACAACGAGGAGCUCUCGGACGUUGUCGUGCAGCCUUACAAUAGCAUCUUGACGCUCAAGAGACUUGUGAAUCAUGCCGACUCAGUUGUGGUCCUCGAUAAUGCUGCGCUGACAAGAAUUGCCGGGGAUAGGCUCAACGUCCAGUUCCCAAGCUAUGACCAAACAAACCAAAUUGUGUCCACAGUCAUGUCGGCUAGCACAACAACGUUACGGUAUCCGGGAUAUAUGAACAAUGACCUUGUCGGUAUUAUCGCGUCACUCAUCCCAACACCUCGCUGCCACUUCCUCAUGUCGAGUUACACACCAUUCACGAGCGAGAACGUUGACAAGGCAAAAUCGAUCCGUAAAACAACAGUGUUGGACGUGAUGAGGCGAUUACUGCAGCCGAAGAACCGCCUUGUCUCAACCGUGUCUAACAAAGACUCGUGCUACAUUUCCAUCCUCAAUAUCAUACAAGGUGACGUUGACCCAACAGACGUACAUCACUCGCUUCUCCGCAUCCGUGAGCGACAACUGGCCAACUUUAUCCCUUGGGGCCCGGCAUCCAUUCAGGUCGCACUGGCCAGGAAAUCACCCUACGUGUCCUCGAGCCACCGCGUCAGUGGGCUCAUGCUGGCAAAUCACACAAGCAUCGCCUCGCUGUUCCGCCGCACCCUUGAUCAGUACGACCGGCUUCGGAAGCGCAAUGCCUUCUUGGAACAAUACAAGAAAUUCAAAACUUUUGAAAACGGGCUGGAGGAAUUCGACGAUUCACGUGCCGUCGUCGAUGAACUGGUGCAAGAAUACAAGGCAUGCGAAAGCGCUGACUAUAUUUCUUACGGUGCACCGGGCGAUGCGGCAGGUCCAUAG